UACAGUGAUUUGAUAAUGGUGAAUUUUCUGUUUUCUUUCAUUGUUGCCUGUACCGUAUGCUCGUACAUAACGGCCGACUCAAGCAUAGAAAAGAGAAACUUAGUGCAGUUCCGAAAUCAGAUAAAGCAUGUGUUCGGAUCUAAAAGAGUAAGAGAACUAAUUGGUUAUGGGUGUUAUUGUGGAUGGGGAGGAAGUGGUACACCGGUAGAUGGCGUUGAUAGAUGUUGUCAAGUACACGAUAAUUGCUAUGGCAGAAAUUCUAAUUGCUCCCCAAAAUGGAAAUAUUACUCGUACUCAUUCCAGGGGAAUAGAAUGAUAUGUAAAGAUAAAUCUGGAUCGUGUAAACAGAAUGUCUGUACGUGCGACCGGGAUUUUAUUCACUGCUUGCAAAGAAAUACUUUUCAUCGUUAUAAUAUGAAUCGUUGUUGAAAAUGACGUUCAUUUAAAAUUCGUCUAAUAAAAAUAUAAUAAACAGUG